AUGAUUGCAGAGAUCCACGAGGUUAGGCCAGAAAGGUUCAACAAUGCACUUAAAUUACAUCUCAAGUCGAAUAAUAAGAUAGUUCCCAUCAAGGAUCAUGACAUCAUGAAGACUGGCACAGGCAAGCAACAGGCACCCAGUGACGACACCUGGUACUUAACAAGAGUUGCAUCUGUUAUGAGAAGAAUCGCAGUAAUGGGGUCUGUAACGUCUGAGCAGCUUGCAGAGAUAUACGGAUGCAUGAAGAACAGAGGAUGCAGGCCAGACAAAUUUGCACCGGCAUUCAAGGAGAUAGGAGAUUCAAUCCUUGAAAACCUGAAAAACAUAGGAUGGAUUGUCUUCAAUGGUAAGUCUGAGGCAGUAUUGACUGAACAAGGUAAAUCUGUUGUCAAGGAAAUCAUUCAAAAAGUCCGCGAAUAA